AUAAAAGUAAAAGUGCAAAGCUGUUCGUACGUGGUGCGCUUAACAGACGAAAACAGCUGUUGAAGCGUGCCACUUAGUCUUGUGAAACAAAAAACGUGCGCACAUCAAAGUAGUCGUUCUACUACUAGUAUCGCAGGCUAGUAUUGCUCUUCGGUCAUCGUACAGCUCAACCUCUAGUCGUGAACUCAACCGUGCAACGCACUCUCAUCGUGAUAUUAAAACGGAGCAUAAGUAGUGAAAACAUUGAUCUAGAACGUCCACUUUUCAGCAAUCGUGUCGUGUCUCCGCAUCGUGCAGACUGAUCUUCAGUAGAAGCCUCUCGUGCAAAGACCUCGCAAAGCUCAAGCUCAAGGAGACGCUGAUCUCAACAAAAACAUCUGGCAGGUACCCACUCAUCGUUGCAAUCACACCCGCUUUUCCACUUUGUUUUCAUUUACUAUCACCAAGUCUUUUUUUUUUGAAUCACCGCGGCAGAAGGCAUGUCAGAUCCAGAAGCUACGGCGGAGCAGCCUGCUCCCACCUUGCUGGAAGAGGGAGCGAAGGAAGCAGAAGCAGCGGAUGCUGCUGAGAAGCAGGGUAUUGAGAUUGAUGAUUUGCUAGUGGUUUUUUAUUUGGUUUUUGCAUAUAAGUAGUUUUAGUAGCAUUACACGCCAAAGCGAAAGCCCGGCGACCUAAGUGAGAUGUUGAGAGGAUACGGUAGGCCCACCACAGUGUGAGAUCAGACAUAGUCCAAGAGGCUCGUUUUAGGUCAAAACCCUGCCAGAAGAUUGAAAUGAUAUUCAAGUGCGACACGUUUCAUUUGAAAUUUUCUCCUCCAAAUCAACAGCCGACGACGCCGGGGCUGACGGCGAGGCUGCGGGCGCAGAGGAAGCAGCUGUGGAGGCGUCACCCGAGGGUGGGGCUGAGGGGGAACCAGCAGCACAAGAGGCAGCAGCACCCGCCGAGGAAACGACCGGAGCUGCCGAUGCCACGGAAGGAGCAACCGAAGGCGUCCCCGCUGGCGAUGAGACCGCACCCGCCGCAUCUUCAAAACCACCGACACCCGAAAACAACGCUGCGGGCGAAGACGAGGCGGCGGUGCAACCAAAGCCUUCUCCCAAGUCGCCGCUGGGGGGCAGCGCACGCAGCCUGCGCAGCCUGUCGAGUAUGAAGCUUCCGGGUCCGCUCGACAUUUUGGUCGGUAGCGACGGAGAGGAGUACGAUGCCCCCGUACCGGAUAGCGUGCGACUGAAGGCACCCCUGGCGGAACUCGACUACGAUCCCUUCGCGGACUACGACGACCGAGCCGAGUAUGGGAGUGUCAGGAUCGAAAUCGACAAAGUUGAAAUGAUUUGUCAUGCAUAAAAUGGAUACCAGUUGGAAGACCAAUUUUCAAGCAGCGCAUGACAAAUUUUCGGAGCACCGGAAUCCAAUUUGUCAUGCUGUUUGGGUAAGGAAGACGCCUUUUGUCGUGCUACUUUAGCAGCUCUAUUUCUACCCCGAAACAGGCUGACAAUCUGCUUCCCUUGCCUACUCUGCAAGACAGGCACUUUCUGUGUUGCAUUUUAUGCAUGACAAACUAUUUCAACUUUGACGAUUUCAAACCUGACAGCUCCAUACCGAGCUCUACCACUUCUACAAGUACGAAAUCCGAAACAAGUACACCUUCGCACCCUUCGAACUUUCCGACUUUGCCCGCGGUUUUCACCUGGUCGAUACGCUCGGCGAGGGGCUGCUCACCCCACCACAGGUCGCCAGAGCCAUGGAACAUAUUGGACAAGGUAGAAAUUUUGGAGUGCUGCAAUAUAGAUGUUAUGCAGAUCCCGAUCCUCGUGCUGUCUCAGUCUCAACAGAGAGCCUAAGCUUAACUAUGUUCCUGCUCCUCACGAUUUGGACAUAAAUCUGUGCUGUUGAUGUCAAACUGCGGCGAACGAAGAGAUGAUCAUGGGCAUGAUUAAAGUAAGGUGUAUGUUGCUUGAGCGAACACAUACACAGACACAUAUCAAUUUCUGCCAAAAUGGAAAUAAUCACAGGCCAAGACGCCGAGGAGAUGGAGUGGGCGGUGAACCAGUCGGAUCCCGAGGGCGUGGGCCUCUGGGAUUUCCAGCGCUUUCUGGACAUGAUGGCUCUGUUCCGAAAACCGCCACUCACCGAGGUGGAGCUCCGGGAAACGUUCGACCUGAUGGACAGAGACGGCGGCGGGUCCAUUUCCGCCAACGAGUUGCGCUUGCUGAUGAAGGGGGUGGGAAACGCAAUGACCGCUGACGAGGCGGAGGAGAUGCUCGAGAUCGCCGACGCGGACGGCUCCGGAGAGAUCGAGUUCGAGGAGUUUGCGCACGAGGUGCUCUCAUCGCAGACGUAAAGGGCUGGGUUUAGUUCUUUUUUCGGGUUUAUCUGUCAACAUAAUGUUAAUGCUAAGCAAAGCUACCGUGGUAACCGUUGUAGUUGUUUCACUCUUCAACAUGUUUUUUUUUCUACUCAUAUACUUGCAUACUGCUAAUGCUACCCGCCACCCACGGCUCCUUAUUUUCUUCAUUCAGUCGACGCACACAGCGGAAUCAAUGCUCACCUACCAAGUAUCUUUCUCAUCUUAUACCCACCCUGAUGGGAUGAAAAAGAAGAUGAAUAUGAAGUCGAGGCGUUCUUGUGUGGUGCGUAAAUUCCGAGUGUAUUACUUUCGCACCUCUUUUUAGUUUUUCUGUACAAUAAAAGUUGGACCUUCCGACCGCGUCGGAAUGAUCAUGACUAAGCGCAUCCCGUUCCCGUCCAGAGAGCUUGAUGCUCAUAUCUUCAUUCAAACAUGUGAUCUCGAAGAAUUCUUUCGCUUCACUGCAUGUUGUUUGCAUAGUCCUGCAAAAGAACAACAUCUUCUUCUUCACCAU